AUGACCAUUCGCCGCAACUUGUUGGGUCGAUUGGCUCUGCCCAAACAAGCCACGUCUUUUGCUCCAGAGGGAACUUGGACCAACAUCGAUCUCGAUGUAACACCCUUAGAGAGACGUACUUGGACUACCCUAUCCAUCCUGGGUUACUGGCUCUCUGAUAUUCUCUCCGCUCAGAGCUGGCAAAUUGGGGCGUCCAUUCUAGCGAUUGGUCUGACAUGGCGUGAAGCUGUGUGGUGUGUCAUUGUUGGGUCAUUGACAAUGGCAUUUGUUAUCGCUUUGAAUGGUGCUCCAGGCGCCUAUUUGCGUGUACCUUUUGCCGUCUGGAUUCGAUCCUCAUUCGGCUAUCAUGGGGCGAAAUUCCCUGUCGUCUGCCGCCUGAUCACAGCCCUGUUUUGGCAUGCCAUUCAGACUUAUACAGGAAGCGUGGCGCUUACCGUCAUGCUGACGGCAAUUUGGCCAAGCUAUUCGAGGCUUCCAAACCAUCUCCCACCCAGUGCUGGUAUCACCAGCCAAGGGCUCCUCAGCCAUUUCCUAUUCUGGUCGAUCCAGUUACCUUUCCUCACGAUACAACCCCACAAACUGAAGUGGUUCUUCGUCUUCAAAGCUGUUAUUACUAUCACAGCCGCUGUUGGUACUACAAUCGCCGUCUGUGUCAUGUCGGGCGGGUCUGGUGAUAUCUGGCAACAGCAACCGUCGGUACAAGGCUCAGCCAAGUCCUGGCUGAUUGUUGCGACCCUGACAUCACAAACAGGAUCGUGGUCGACUGUGGGUACAAACAUCUCAGAUUUUACCCGUUACGUCAAGGUUCCACGAAACAUAUUCUAUCAGGCGAUUUUCUUCCCACUCAUUUGCUUUGUCAUCGCCAUGAUGGGCAUCAUCAGCGCCUCUGCAUCCAAGAUCAUAUACCAGGAAUACAUCUGGGACCCUCUCGCGCUGGCUAGCAAGUGGACAUCGCCGGCAGCGAGAGCAGGAGCCUUUUAUUGUGGUCUGGCUUGGAUGGUGGCACAGAUUGGCGUUAAUGUCUCAGCAAAUGUUAUCUCGGCCUCCAACGAUUUGGCCAGUCUGUUUCCUAAGUACGUCAACAUUCGGAGGGCUGCAAUCAUCUCCACCAUCCUAGGUGGAUGGGCCAUGGUCCCAUGGAAGAUUGUUACAAGCGCUGAGAGCCUUGUCAAUUUCAUGGCAAGCCUCGGUGUCUUUCUUGCUCCUAUAAUAGCUAUUUCCAUAGCUGACUACUGGAUCGUCAAGAAAAGACGUGUUGAGGUAUCUGCGCUGUACAAGCCUCAUGGUCGUUACCAGUAUUUUGCUGGUUGGAACUGGAGGGCUUUCCUCGCCCUUGCUAUCGGGGUCGGUCCUGCUCUGCCCAGCCUUGCGGCAAAUGUCAAUCCCUCUCUAGAUAUUGGAGGUGCAGAGUACAUCGGACACUUGGUGUGGUAUUACGGCUUUCUCAGCUCAUUUCUGGUCUACAUAGUGUCAAGCAAGCUUGCGCCCGCCAGACAGACCUAUGUGCCGGCCCAUGAGGAUGUUAUCGAAGGUAUCAGAAAUGACGCUGAACGAUUCCAAGUUUUUGAAGACAAGACUAGGUAG